CCUCUUAACCAGCUACAUCUUGACUCACAGGGUCUAAAGGAAAACUCUUUCAGCUUUUUGAUAUUUGGGAAACCUCCCGAAGACCACAGCUUAGCACGAAUCUAGCUCAUCUCCCUCUUUGCUAGCGACACCCCCCCCCACACACACACACACUUGCUCACUCACACCAUGGUAGUUCAGACAGCAGUGACUCCAAACAGACCUCAGAGACUUCUGAAAAUACCGUAUGGAUCUCUGAGAAGGCGCAGCGUGGAGAGGAUGACGGAGGGCCGUCGAUGUCAAGUACAUCUCCUUGAUGACAGGAAGCUGGAGCUCCUAGUACAGCCCAAGCUUUUGGCCAAGGAGCUUCUUGACCUCGUGGCGUCUCAUUUUAACCUGAAGGAAAAGGAAUACUUUGGAAUAGCAUUCACCGACGAGACGGGACACUUGAACUGGCUUCAACUAGAUCGGAGAGUCCUGGAGCACGACUUCCCCAAAAAGUCUGGACCUGUUGUUCUGUACUUCUGUGUAAGAUUCUAUAUAGAAAGCAUCUCCUACCUGAAGGACAACGCCACCAUCGAGCUCUUCUUCCUGAACGCCAAGUCCUGCAUCUACAAGGAGCUAAUUGAUGUUGACAGUGAAGUGGUGUUUGAAUUGGCUUCCUAUAUCUUACAGGAAGCAAAAGGCGAUUUCUCUAGCAAUGAGGUGGUGAGGAGUGACCUGAAAAAGCUGCCAGCCCUUCCUACCCAAGCCCUGAAGGAGCACCCUUCCCUGGCCUACUGCGAAGACAGAGUCAUUGAGUACUACAAGAAGCUGAAUGGCCAGACGAGGGGUCAAGCAAUUGUGAACUAUAUGAGUAUCGUGGAGUCUCUCCCAACCUACGGUGUCCACUAUUAUGCAGUGAAGGAUAAGCAAGGGAUACCAUGGUGGCUGGGACUCAGCUACAAAGGAAUCUUCCAGUACGACUACCAUGAUAAAGUGAAGCCAAGGAAGAUAUUCCAAUGGAGACAGUUGGAGAAUCUGUAUUUCAGGGAAAAGAAGUUUUCCGUGGAAGUUCAUGACCCCCGCAGGGCUUCAGUGACCAGGAGGACUUUUGGGCACAGUGGCAUUGCUGUGCACACGUGGUACGCAUGUCCAGCAUUGAUCAAGUCCAUUUGGGCGAUGGCGAUUAGCCAACAUCAGUUCUACCUGGACAGAAAGCAAAGUAAGUCCAAGAUCCAUGCAGCACGGAGUCUGAGUGAGAUCGCCAUUGACCUAACAGAAACAGGGACGCUGAAGACCUCGAAGUUGGCCAACAUGGGCAGCAAAGGGAAGAUCAUCAGCGGCAGCAGUGGGAGCCUGCUGUCCUCAGGGUCUCAGGAAUCAGAUAGCUCACAGUCGGCCAAGAAAGACAUGCUGGCUGCCUUGAAAUCCAGGCAGGAAGCUCUGGAGGAGACGCUGCGCCAGAGGCUGGAGGAACUGAAGAGAUUGUGUCUCCGGGAAGCUGAGCUCACAGGCAAACUACCUGUCGAAUAUCCCCUGGAUCCAGGAGAGGAACCACCUGUUGUUCGGAGAAGAAUUGGAACAGCCUUCAAGCUAGACGAACAGAAAAUUCUGCCUAAAGGAGAGGAAGCUGAGCUGGAACGCCUAGAACGAGAGUUUGCAAUUCAGUCCCAGAUCACGGAGGCUGCCCGCCGCCUAGCCAGUGACCCCAAUGUCAGCAAAAAACUGAAGAAGCAAAGAAAAACCUCUUAUCUGAAUGCACUGAAGAAGCUGCAGGAGAUUGAAAAUGCAAUCAACGAGAACCGCAUCAAGUCAGGGAAGAAACCCACCCAGAGGGCGUCACUGGUCAUAGACGAUGGAAAUAUCGCCAGUGAAGACAGCUCCCUCUCCGAUGCCCUUGUUCUUGAAGAUGAAGACUCUCAGGUUACCAGCACACUGUCCCCCCUACAGUCUCCGCACAAGGGACUUCCUCCUCGGCCACCAUCAUCGCACAACAGGCCUCCUCCCCCGCAGUCCCUGGAGGGGCUCAGGCAGAUGCACUAUCACCGCACCGACUACGACAAGUCACCCCUAAAGCCCAAAAUGUGGAGCGAGUCCUCCUUAGACGAGCCUUAUGAGAAGGUGAAGAAACGCUCCUCCCACGGUCAUUCCAGCAGCCACAAGCGCUUCCCCAGCACGGGAAGCUGUACUGAGGCAGGAGUAAGCAGCUCCUUGCAGAACAGCCCCAUCCGAGGCCUCCCGCACUGGAAUUCCCAGUCUAGCAUGCCGUCCACUCCAGACCUGCGCGUCCGGAGUCCCCACUACGUCCAUUCCACAAGGUCGGUAGACAUCAGUCCCACGAGACUGCACAGCCUGGCCCUGCACUUUAGGCAUCGGAGCUCCAGCUUGGAGUCCCAGGGCAAGCUCCUGGGCUCAGAGAAUGACACCGGGAGCCCCGACUUCUACACUCCGAGGACUCGUAGCAGCAAUGGCUCGGACCCCAUGGAUGACUGCUCGUCGUGCACCAGUCACUCGAGCUCAGAGCACUACUACCCGGCGCAGAUGAACGCCAACUACUCAACGCUGGCUGAGGACUCGCCAUCCAAGGCGCGCCAGCGGCAGCGGCAGAGGCAGCGGGCAGCAGGCGCCCUGGGCUCAGCGAGCUCCGGCAGCAUGCCCAACCUGGCAGCACGCAGCGGGGCUGCAGGCGCGGGUGGCGGCGUGUACCUGCACAGCCAGAGCCAGCCAAGCUCGCAGUAUCGCAUCAAGGAGUACCCGUUGUAUAUUGAGGGCAGUGCCACACCCGUGGUAGUGCGCAGCCUGGAGAGUGACCAGGAGGGCCACUACAGCGUCAAGGCACAGUUCAAGACCUCUAAUUCCUACACGGCUGGCGGCCUGUUCAAAGAGAGCUGGCGUGGGGGUGGCGAUGAGGGUGAUGCAGGCCGCCUUACACCAUCGCGCUCCCAGAUCCUGCGGACUCCUUCGUUGGGGCGGGAGGGCGCCCAUGACAAAGGCUCUGGCCGUGCUGCAGUGUCAGACGAGCUGCGCCAGUGGUACCAGCGGUCCACAGCCUCGCACAAGGAGCACAGCCGCUUGUCCCAUACCAGCUCCACCUCCUCAGACAGCGGCUCUCAGUACAGCACCUCUUCCCAGAGCACCUUCGUGGCGCACAGCAGGGUCACCAGGAUGCCCCAGAUGUGCAAGGCCACAUCAGCUGCCUUACCUCAAAGCCAGAGAAGCUCAACGCCGUCAAGUGAAAUUGGAGCAACCCCACCAAGCAGUCCCCACCACAUCCUGACCUGGCAGACUGGAGAAGCAACAGAAAACUCUCCCAUCAUGGAUGGGUCUGAGUCUCCAACUCACCAAAGUACUGAUGAAUAGAGGUAUUGUAAGGGAACGUUUUGUUCUUACUGCCCACGAGUGUGUGAUCCAGAUGUCCUGCAUAUGUGCGGCUUCUGCCCAUGUCAGAGUUUCCAGUAGGAAAUGUCUGGAUGGUGUGGAAGCUAUUAUUUUUAUGUUUUAUUUCUAGAUACAUGUGGAGCUAUAUGUUUGGAUGUGUGUUUUUACAUCAGAUGUAGGAUGGUCCCCAUUCUUCCCAUAAGAACUGCCCCCAUAGUAUAUUUAGAGUUUCUAGGCUUUAAAUACAAAAAAAGUAGAGGUUUGUUGUUUACCAGGUUUGUAAGUCAUAGCCAUAAAAACAGCACCACUGCUGUUCAAAAUACCCAAACUACUGUAACUGCAUCCUACCAUUUUUCAGCGACAGUUGUAUGUUACAACAAAUGUCAUAGAGUCCUGUUUUUCAAAACGUGGUUUGUAAGUCACCACUACCAGCUGGGAGCUCUGAAGGACUCCCAGACACCAGCACGGCUGCUGAACCAACCGCUGAAAUCCGUACGGCUCUAUUAUCACAAGCUCAAGGCAGUGGGUCCUGAAAGUCUAAGUAACUAACUGUGCAGCACUGAAAUUAAAAAGCACACCGGGGACACCAAAAUGCUAAGGGUGCCAUGCAGAAGGAGGGCGAACAUCCCAGCAAGACGACACCAAAAUGAUAAGGGUGCCAUGCAGAAGGAGGGAAACAUCCCAGCAAGACAAAAGAGACAAAAUUGAGCCCCGAGGAAGAAAUGCCACAUAAAAGUACUGAGUGCUAUCUACAAAUUAAAAUCAAAAUGCUGAAAAGAUUCAGACAAGAGAUGCCUUUUUGUCCUCAUACACGCUUCGUGAGCCUGGCUUUAAAGAACUGCCGCGGAGCAGGGAGGUAGAGAGAAGCCAAAAUAAAAAGCCACGGGUGUGGAUUCAGGCAGGGCUCUUGCGUGGGGCGGGGGGGUGGGGUGGGGAAUACAAUAGAGGAUUGAAGAGCAGGGAUUGAGCUUGGAAUGUAGGCUAGGACAAGACCAGUAACAAUUUGUACAGUUGGCCACUUGUGGAUGAGGAAAGCAGGGGAGGAAGAGGGACAGCUCAUGCUGCUCUGGUGACAGUGAAGGGACUGAAAUGAUGUCACCAGGACACUUGAAUUCGAGUCACUCUUCCCCUCCAAUAAGAAGGGACUAAGAUGUGCUGAGUGAUGGAUGGCAGCGGGUAGCAGCGUGAGACGCGCACUUAAAAAGCUCCCAUGAGAAUGUGGUCGAGUCAGUUCAAAAUGGGUAGCAGCUCACACCCAGCCAGCAGAGAGCCAUGCUGACAGAGGUCUUAUCACCCUGGCUUUAUGGCCACAGACCUACAGCACUAUUCACCAACCCCACAGUGUCCAGCCCACUUAAAUCCCACUUCUCAAGUCUCAGUGGGAAUGGAGGUAAGGCAUCAUUCAGUAUUUAGUGAUUACUCACUUUUUGAAAAAGUGAUUUAACCCCAGACUCAAACAUGUUCUAUGACAUUGAACUGUGUGAGAGAGAAAUGGUGUUUCCAGCGUGUGUUCUGUAGGCGUGAGAUAUCCCAGGUCAAACAAAGCAAUGCAUGACUUCGCAGAGCCUGUGGUGUGUGCUCAGUGUUCACCGUUUCGCUUCCUCGGAGCCCGUCCCAGGUGUCCCUUCAGAAACACUUGUUAGCGUGACUCCUGUAUCCAAUGCUGCAGUCAGGAAAAUGACGUCCCUAGUAGGCCCACAUCGCGACUUUAUCAGAAACAAACUUCUAGAAGAAUCUAGGAAGCUGUGCCAGUAUUCGCUGCAUAGGAGAGGGGAACCGACUCGAUAAGCUUAAGCAGAUGAGCAUGUGCAAGCGGCUAAGCUGGGCAGAGCUCACUAGUGCUUCCAGCCAGGGGGAGGAAAUAAAUCCCCUCGUGCUCAAAGCUUCUUAGCCUUCUCUGAGCCCGGCAAACAUAGGUCACGUGUCCCCUCUGGCAGGUGCAAGGGCACCAUGAAGAGACUGUUUCCCCGGAGCACUGUGUGCUUCCAACCGCCUUUUCCCAUUAAAAAUCCUUGGUUCCUUUGACACAGUUUACAAAAGCCAGUUUUGCAGUGAGGAGCCACUGUUUGCAGCGCGAGUAUAAAGUCAUCCACUCGUUUACCCCCAAAUACAGAUACACACAAAGACCCCCAUGACCAGUGUCCUAACUAAGGCCUUGCCUUUGCUUCUAACGCUGCAUUUAAUCAGAAUUAACCUCAUGCACUUCCAGGGCUCCAAGCACAGGGCUGUCACAGAUGCCUUGGGGUUUUUCUAGCUUUGCUGGGUCAGAUGAGGGAUAUUUACCAAGAAUUAAAUCCUCAGUGUAUUCCUGGAGAAGUGAGCAAAUGAGACAGUAGUGACGGUGGCUGGUGGUCUACAGGUUAGCUGACUUGGGAGGCUUUGAGAUGCUCUUUAGAGUGGCUCAGCAUCUGCUCCUGGUACCAGGCAUGGGAACUAAAGGUCAGUUUAGAAGGAGCUGGAAUCUCUUUGAGUGAGUAGGGCUGCAGCCGCUCCUCUGUGUGAGCUAUCGUUGAUACAUAGGAAUCGCUCCCAUUUAAUCUACUAACAAUACUUACCAAAGAACUUUCUCUUUUCUCGUAUGUACAUUUUUCUAUGUAGAGGGAAAUUUAUCUUGACUUUAUACUAUUUUUGGUGCUGAGCAUCAAGGGCAGGACUGUUACAUGCUAAACACGCUGUCUACCACUGAGCUACAGGCCCAGUCCCUGUAUGAUUUUAAAAAUCCAUUCAUAAAAAUCACAACAUUAUUAAUUUAAAAAGCAUAGCUGGGUGGUGGUGGCACACACUUUUAAUCCCAGCAGAGGCAGGGGUAGGAGGAUCUCUGUGAAUUCAAGGCCAGGCUGGUCUAUCUACAAGAGCUAGUUCCAGUACAGCCAGGACUACAGAGAGAAACCCUGUCUCAAAGAACCAAUAAAUAAUAAUUUUUAAAAAAGGCACAUUUUGCCGGGCGAUGGUGGCGCACGCCUUUAAUCCCAGCACUCGGGAGACAGAGGCAGGCGGAUCUCUGUGAGUUCGAGACCAGCCUGAUCUACAGAGCUAGUGCCAGGACAGGCUCCAAAGCCACAGAGAAACCCUGUCUCGAAAAACAAAAACAAAAAAAAACAAAAAAAAAAAAAAAGGCACAUUUUGAAUGUUGUUCCAGGACAGUGAUAAAUUUACCUCCAAAGUGCAGACCCUUGGGUCCGAUGUAAGGCAAGCCACUGACUGUCACAUAGGAAAUCAUCCUGGGGAAUAAUAUAGUCCCAGGGGCUCCUCAGCCCUGGCUGCACCUGAGAAUCAUGUACGGGACUCUGAAAGGUCCCCGCAGUUGUGCGCUCCCUAGGCCAGCAGCAGCACAGCCAGACUCAGGCCUGCCCCUCCGCCAGCACCCUGAACGCUGCCCUCUGUGCUGCUCUCUCCUCUA